GUCGUUAGCUAACCCAGCGAUAGGACGUGCACUGGGAUAAAUUGUUUUGCCGUUGCUAGGCCCCUGGUUCGACUUUCUUGUGCAACCCCUGUGAUCCACUUGCACGCUAGCUUGAAAGCUAACAUAAAACGCACUGUCAUCUAUUUUCAUGUCUGAGUGUAACUACUGUUGUUGUUAAGUUAUCCUCUCUACUGUUUCGAAUAGUGUAAAGGUUAAUAAUGUCAAUAAUGUAGCCCGGAGAGGCAUUAGUAAAUUAUCUAGACGGCUUACUUACUUUAGCACAACGCUAUCGUGAUAGCCGUCCCCACCUAUGCGAGCUAUCGUUAUAGUGUAUAAUUACGCGCGUGUUAGCCAAGAGCCUGGUUUAUUUGAGACGGCAACGACACCACCGGCACAGAUGCUGGCAGUACUAUCACUGUGAAAACAAUCACAACAUACUUGAAGCACAAAACAGCUGCAAGCCAGCAGACCUUUGCUUUGGCAUCUGAAUCACGUUCAUCAUGUCCAGAAGCAAAAGCGCCGAGUCAGUGAAGGUGGUGGUCCGCUGCCGGCCCAUGAACGAGAAGGAGCGUGCGGCUAACUACGAGAGGGUGGUGUCGGUCGACGUGAAACUUGGCCAAGUCGCUGUGCGGAAUCCCAGAGGAAGCUCCCCCCCUAAGGUUUUCACCUUUGACUCAGUCUACGACUGGAAUUCCAAGCAGGUAGACCUCUACGACGAGACCUUCAGGCCACUGGUGGACUCGGUGCUGCUGGGUUUCAAUGGUACCAUCUUCGCGUAUGGCCAGACCGGUACCGGUAAGACUUACACCAUGGAGGGUGUCCGCAAUGACCCCGAGAGGAGAGGCGUCAUCCCCAACUCGUUCGAGCACAUCUUUACGCACAUCUCGCGCUCGCAGAACCAGCAGUACCUGGUGCGUGCAUCCUACCUGGAGAUCUACCAGGAGGAGAUCCGUGACCUGCUGUCCAAGGACCAGUCCCGGAGGCUGGAGCUGAAGGAGCGUCCUGACACAGGUGUCUAUGUCAAGGACCUGUCAUCCUUCGUUACCAAAAGCGUGCGCGAGAUCGAACAUGUGAUGAAUGUGGGCAACCAGAACCGCUCGGUGGGCGCCACCAACAUGAACGAGCACAGCUCGCGCUCACACGCCAUCUUCGUCAUCACCAUCGAAUGCAGCGAGACGGGCGUGGACGGCGAGAACCACAUCCGCGUGGGCAAGCUCAAUCUGGUUGACCUGGCGGGCAGCGAGCGGCAGACCAAGACCGGUGCCCAGGGCGAGCGGCUGAAGGAGGCCACCAAGAUUAACCUCUCGCUCUCCGCCCUGGGCAAUGUCAUCUCGGCGCUGGUGGACGGCAGGAGCACGCACAUCCCAUACCGCGACUCCAAGCUCACGCGGCUGCUGCAGGACUCGCUGGGUGGGAACGCGCGCACCGUCAUGGUGGCCAACAUCGGGCCGGCCUCCUACAACGUGGAGGAGACGCUGACCACGCUGCGUUACUCCAACCGUGCCAAGAACAUCAAGAACAAGCCGCGCAUCAAUGAGGACCCCAAGGACGCGCUGCUGCGCGAGUUCCAGGAGGAGAUCGCCCGGCUCAAGGCGCAGCUGGAAAAGAAAUCCGGCCGACGGAGGAGGAAGCGCAGACGCCGAAGGGGCGGCGAGGCCGGGGACGACGGCGCAGACGACGGAGAGGAGGACGACGAUGAUGACGAUGAUGAUGAGGAGGAAGAGGUGGACUCUGGGGCCGAGGGGGACAAGACUGACUACUGGCACGUCCAGCAGGAGAAGCUAGAGAAGGAGAAGAUGGCCAUUCUGGAGGACCACAGCCUGGUGGCGGAGGAGAAGCUACGGCUUCUCAAGGAGAAGGAGAGGAAGAUGGACGACUUGCACAGAGAGAAGGAGGCCAGCGAGCUGCUAUCUGCCAAAAUCAAGGCCAUGGAGAGUAAACUACUAGUUGGAGGAAAGAACAUUGUUGACCACACCAAUGAGCAGCAAAAGAUUCUAGAACUGAAACGAAAGGAGAUAGCGGAACAGAAACGGAGAGAGCGUGAGAUGCAGCAGCAGGUGGAGUGCCAAGACGAGGAGACGUUAGAGCUGAAGGAGACCUACAGCUCUCUCCAGCAGGAAGUGGACAUUAAGACCAAGAAGCUGAAAAAGCUCUUUGCCAAGCUGCAGGCAGUCAAGUCAGAGAUCCAGGAUAUCCAGGACUCGCACAUUAAAGAGAGGCAGGACCUGGAGCAGACCCAGAACGAGCUCACCAGAGAGCUCAAGCUCAAGACUCUGAUUAUGGAGAACUUCAUCCCCCUAGAGGAGAAGACCAAAAUCGAGAACAGGGCUUUCUUUGACGAGGAGGAUGAUUGCUGGAAACUUCGGCCUAUCACUCGAAUAGAGAAUGAUCAGAAGAUGAUGACGAGGCCUGUGUCUGCGGUGGGUUACCGGCGGCCGCUGAGUCAACAUGCUCGUCUGGCCAUGAUGAUGCAGCCAGAUGUCAGAUACCGGGCUGAGAAUAUCCUGCUGCUGGAGCUGGACAUGCCCGGCAGGACCACCAAGGAGUACGAAGAGCCCGUCAUUGCGCCCAAGGUGGCGGCAGCGCUGGAGGACGCACUACGCGACGAAGACGAGAUCCAGGUGGACGCCGCCGCGCUGUACAGCGCCAGCAGCCUCGGCCUCGGCCUCGGCCUCCGCGGCCUGUGCGGCAGCCUCAGCGCCAGCAGCAGCGCUGGCAGCCUCGGUGCCAUCAGCCCCGGCUCAGUCGGCCCUGCAGGAGGCUCCGCCAAGAAACCCAAAUCAGGCCGUCCGAAAACCGGCAAGAAAGUGAGCACCCCCACGUCUGCACACAGCCCCUCCGCCACGGGUCACAGCCCCCUCUACCCACAGUCCCGCGGGCUUGUGCCAAAGUGACCACCACCCCUGUGGACCACCCCCUCCCUGCCAUCCUUCCUAACCCUUUCCCCUGGCUUGGCAUUGGAUACUGGACUAUAAUGAAUGAUUCUACGGUUCUACCAACACCUCCCCCCUACCCUUCAAUAUCCCAAGCAAUCCCAACCUCCAACCCCUCCAAGACCUGUCUACUUCAUCUGUUGACCAACUACAUUUCUGGAGCCUGACAUGAUGUUAAUGACUCAUUGUGUGACCAACGAUACAUUUACCCCCAGACCCCCCUGAGUUCUACAUUAUCAGGUGUUCACAGCAUCCUUCUACUAACAAUGCAAUUUUAACCAAGAGCAAAAACACUAGCAAACUGGACCUCGCAGAAACCACCCUUCCCAUGAAGAAAAAGGGGGGAAGCGGGUGAUGGCAUCACUGUGAGAGUGAUAUGUGGCACAAGUAGUAAGGAGGCCUUACUGUUCCCUCUCUGCUACAUGGAUUCUUCAGAAGUCUUGCUGUUAUUUUGCUGAACUUUAAAGAAACUGAAGACAUGCUGGCAUAUGUGUGGUCCUUACUUGAACAUAUAGGUCUGUUCUGUCAUGUCUUGUCAAUAUGUAUGUAUGUAUGUUUGCGGGUGUGUGUAUGUAUACAUUUUUGUGUGUAUUUGAGUGUAUGUUUCUAUCUGUGCGCUGUAAUUGACUCUUUGUUACAACUGAUGUGUAUGGGCAGCUGGUUUUUGGCAACAUGGCGUCAGGUGUCAAAUAUGGUGCUGUCACCGUGUACGCACGCAUCAAGGGGUGUGCUUUAGUGUUUGUGAGCUUCUCUUUUACAACUUCCAAUUUUAGGUUUACAAAUUUUAGCACCGGUAUGGAAAACUGAGCAGUAAGUUCAGAGGAGACACAAGCUUUAAAAACAGGCUUUCCUCUGAACUCGAGCAAGCCCUGCUGAUGAGUCUUAGCGACCAAGGCCUAUGACUGUGUGUGCGGCCAGCCUGACGUGUAAGCAGCGCCUGCACUCUCCGUCUGCCUGAGAAGGAAAAAAAAAAGAUAGGAGCCAAGGUGGACGAAAGGUGAACAAAGGUCAAUGCCAACCAAAAACAUCAGGGUUCCAAGGUGCCUUAGAGUCCCCACAACUUUUUAACAUUGUAGGAAGAAAAGAUUACACAGAAAAGAGAGUGGUUCUCUCUUGGGCCCUUUAAGUGUCCCUUGGAUGGAAAGAGAGAACUCCAAAUUGUUUGUAGUUGGGAAAAGGUUGGGUGUUUUAAAGAUGUAGCUUAGCUUAAUGGCAUUGGUCUGGUUUGAAUACUUGCUGGAAAUCUUUGGAGGGGCCAAGUAUAAUAAUGGAUAAUCACCCACCCCAAUCACCACUACCACUACUCAAGGUUAGAUAGUGGACUUCCUGGGUUCGGUGUAGCCUAUUGGCCCUUUCAAAAUCUCCGAUUGCUGUCCCCGCCACACCCUUCACAACCCCACAGUCCUGUACACAGAAUGCCCAGGGUCGUGCCACUGCUUGCUGUUACUGCUGCUGUAGGGAUCUCGUGCCCCAUCCCAUUUCACAAACCUAGCUUGCAGUAUACGUGUCUGUGUAAAGAGCUGUCUAUAGAGGAAUUAAUGCAGAAUUGUUUUUGUAAUUAAGAGAGAGAGAUUAAAAGACUAAAGCAAUAUUAGACGUCAUUAGAGAGGCUAAGUUAUUGCAAUACCACCUUCAUCCCUUUCAUGUACCAACAGUUGUAGAUAUGCUUUGUCUUGUUUUCUUUUUUUUAAUAGAUUCAGUUGUUUAUUUUUUGAUUUGUAUUAUUUAAAGUUGUGUAAAUUUAUUUUUGCAUUUUUUUUUUAUCACCAAUUAAAUGUAUUUAAUACAGUUAUUUCAGUACAGUACAGUUAUUUCUACUAAGAAAUGCUUUGCUUUGCGACAGUCUUUUAACAUUUUGCAGAUGCACAACUUUGGUUGUGGGAAGAUCAUAUAAUUUAGACAUUAUUGAAUUGUGUGAGAGAAUGAGUGUGUUGAGGAUGAGGACAUUUUAUGUUUGCACAUGAAUUUUACAAAUAUUUAGACAAGAUGUCUAAAAGGCUUAAUAAGCCAAUGGUUUGUUUCUAAGGACCCCUAUGGACCAUAAAAUGCUAAAACACUACCUUACUCAGCAUGACUAAACUCAUUACUCUUCUUAUACUGGUGACACAAUGUGAAUGUUUCCAAUCAGAUUCCUGAAACACUACAUCCCAUGUAGGUAGUCAUAUCCACUGAAUUCAGACUGGUCUUAAAUCUUAAAUUAAUUAACAAAAAACCCAGGGAAGACCCCCCCCCCCCCCCCAAUUGAUGUGAUAGGGCUGUUUUAGCCAACUUGGUGAUAAUGCUUAUCUCAGUGCUUGGCUAAGCAGGAAUGGAACAAUUUCAAUGUAUUUCAAUGUACCUGUUUCUUUUUUAAAAUUAAAGAAAACUUAUUAUCUAC